GUCCUCCUAGUUUGUGUCAACUUACUCCAUAGUUGUAAUCACUGGGUAAAUAGAAAAGGUAAAACAUUACAUUAGAUAGUUCCCAUUACUUAAGACUUCAGCUCAAUGAAGAUAAUGCUAUUUUUUUAUAUUUCAUUGUAGGUAAGUAUAUGAUGGAUAAGAAUUGGAUACUUAUUAAGAAUAGGAUAUUACCAGAAUACUUGACCGGUAUGGAACAAUUUUUAAACUAUGCAUUUUCAAAUCCUGAGGUUGGUGUAACAAUCCAGUGUCCGUGCAUUAAAUGUAACAAUGUGCUUUGGAAAACGAGAGAAGAAGUGGAGUUAGAUUUACUUAAAUGGGGAAUAGAUCCAACAUAUGAUAGGUGGAUUUUUCAUGGUGAGUCGGAUUCAUCUUCGGAUGAUGAAAUAAAUUCUGGUGCAGAUUCAGAUUUAGGCAAUGACGAUGCUUCCACUUUUGAAAUGUUACAUGACAUGUAUCGUGGUUUUCCUUCUAAUAAUUAUGAGUAUGAUGAGACCAAUGAGUCUAGAAACGAAGAGCCUAACACAGAAGCAAAGAGUUUUUAUAGUUUAUUAAAGGACGCAAAGCAAAAGUUAUAUCCAGAUUGUCAAAAGUUCUCGAAACUCUCUUUUGUAAUGCGCCUUUUUCAAAUGAAGUGUCUGCAUGGCUGGAGUAAUACUUCGUUUGACUCAUUGUUGAAAUUAUUGGGUGACGUUUUUCCGAAAGAAAAUGUGCUUCCUAAUUCUAUUUAUGAAGUUCAAAAGAUCAUUAAAGAUUUGGGUUUAGAUUAUGUGAAGAUAGAUGCAUGUGUUAAUAAUUGCAUCUUAUAUAGAAAGAAAUAUGCAGAUCUUGAGCAAUGCCCUAAAUGUGGUGAGAAACGAUGGAUAGUAAGGAAAGAAAAAGAUACUGAUGAUGAGGUUGCUUCAAGAAAUUUGACUAACAAAAAUAAAGGAAUUUCUAGAAAGAUUCUUCAAUACUUUUCUUUGAUACCACGAUUACAACGGUUGUAUAUGACAAAACAAACGGUCGAAGAUAUGAGGUGGCAUAAAAAUAAGCGAGUUGAGGAUGGAGUAUUAAGGCAUCCAGCUGACUCAUUAGUGUGGAAAACUUUUGAUGAAGAACAUCCGACUUUUGCUUUAGAUCCACGUAGUGUAAGGCUUGGACUUGCUUCAGAUGGUUUUAAUCCAUUUGGUUCUAUGAGUAAUGCUUAUAGCAUGUGGCCAGUAGUCUUGAUUCCAUAUAAUCUUCCCCCGUGGCUAUGCAUGAAACAAUCUAAUAUUUUGUUGUCCUUGCUUAUUCCUGGCCCAAAAGGCCCUGGUAUGAAUAUUGACGUGUUCCUCCAACCUUUGGUUGAUGAUUUGAAAACCUUAUGGGAGGGUGGAAUCGAUACUUAUGAUGCUUUUAGGAAACAACAUUUUAAAUUGUGUGCUUCUUUGUUGUGGACAAUUAAUGACUUUCCAGCUUAUGGUAUUUUGUCUGGUUGGAGCACUAAAGGUAAAUUAGCUUGUCCUGUUUGUCAUGUACAUACUUGUUCCAUUUACUUGAAACAUGGUCGAAAGCUUUGCUAUAUGGGUCAUCGUAGGUUCUUGGAGAAAAAUCAUUCUUAUCAUCUGAAUAAAAGUUCUUUUGAUAACACAAGGGAAGAAAGACUUGCACCAGAAGCUUUGAGUGGAGAUGAUGUGCUUGCACAACUAAAUACAUCCUCACAAGGGUCAAUCGACUGCAAUGCAAGAAAAAGAAAACGAGAUGUUGGAAGACCUGACAAUUGGAAGAAGAAAAGUAUAUUCUUUGAACUUCCAUAUUGGAGGACUGUAUUAUUGAGACAUAAUUUGGACGUAAUGCAUAUUGAAAAAAAUAUUAGUGAAAGUGUGAUUGGAACACUGUUAGAUAUUGAAGGAAAAACAAAGGACACAUUGAAAUCUCGAUUGGACAUACAAGAGAUGAGAAUAAAAAAGCCACUCCAUCCAAUAAAAAGUGGGGAUAAGUAUAUACUUCCUCCGGCAAGUUAUACAAUGUCUAAAACUGAGAAGCUUCAGUUUUGUCAGCUUGUCAAAGAAGUCAAGUUUCCUGAUGCUUAUGCUUCUAACAUUAGUCAUUGUGUCAAGGAAGCCAGAAUUUUAGGACUUAAAAGUCAUGACCACCAUGUUCUUUUUCAGCGUAUUUUUCCAAUUAUCAUCAAAGGGAUUUUGCCAAGGGAUUCUUAUGAUCCAUUAAUUGAAUUGUCAUUGUUCUUUAGUGAUUUGUGUGCUAAAGAGUUGCAUGUAGAAAAGUUAGAUCAACUAGAUAAAAGUAUACGGAUGACAAUCUGAAAGUUAGAACGUGUGUUCCUGCCGAACUUUUUUGAUGUUAUGAUUCACUUGGCAAUUCAUUUGGCAAACGAGGCGAAGUUGGCUGGUCCCGUUCAAUAUCGAUGGAUGUAUUACAUCGAAAGAUAUUUGCGCACAUUAAAAAAUUAUGUACGCAACAAAUCUCGUCCAGAAGGAUCAAUUGCUGAAGGCUAUCUUGCAGAGGAGUGCAUGACAUUCUGUUCUAAAUAUUUAACAGAUAUAGAGACCAAGGAAAAUCGCCCGGAUAGAAACUUUAAUUCUUCCAAUAUAGAUCCCAACGGUUUAUCCAUAUUCAAUUGUCCUGGUAAGCCAUUACCAGGGGGUUUCUGGGAAGAAUUGAGUGCUCUUGAAAUAAAACAAGCUC